AUGUCAUCUUCAUCUAACGACAUUUCUACUCAAAUAGCCAUCGAUGAUCCCCAUAAGGUUGUCAAGGUCAUCGCAACAGACGGUAAAACAUCAGAACAGAGGGAGAUUGCCUACACAAAUUGCAAAGUCAUUGGAAAUGGCUCUUUUGGAGUUGUAUACCAGGCAAAACUUGUAGGAGAGUCAAAGGAUAGAGAGGAUAUAGCCAUCAAGAAAGUCCUUCAGGACAAGCGAUUCAAGAAUCGUGAACUACAAAUCAUGAGACUUGUGUCACAUCCAAACGUCGUCGACCUCAAAGCUUUUUUCUAUUCCAAUGGGGAAAAGAAGGAUGAAGUUUACCUCAAUCUUGUUCUUGAAUACGUUCCAGACACCGUUUACCGCGCCAGCCGUCAUUACACAAAGUUGAAGCAGCCUAUGCCGAUGCUUCAAAUCAAGCUGUACAUGUAUCAGCUUCUCCGGUCACUUGCCUACAUACACUCAGUGGGCAUCUGCCAUCGCGAUAUUAAACCUCAGAAUCUCCUGUUGAACCCUGCCACGGGCGUUCUGAAUUUGUGCGAUUUCGGCUCAGCAAAAAUCCUCGUCGCUGGAGAGCCAAAUGUUAGUUACAUUUGCUCGAGGUACUACAGAGCACCUGAACUUAUUUUCGGUGCUACCAACUACACAACAAACAUUGACAUAUGGUCGACGGGUUGUGUGAUGGCGGAGCUAAUGCUAGGCCAACCUCUGUUCCCUGGGGAGAGUGGUAUCGACCAGUUGGUGGAGAUCAUCAAGGUUCUCGGGACGCCAUCGCGAGAACAAAUUAAGACGAUGAAUCCAAAUUACAUGGAGCACAAGUUCCCUCAAAUCAAGCCCCAUCCGUUCUCCAAGGUAUUCCGACCACGCACUGCGCCCGAGGCGAUUGAUUUGGUUGCGAAGCUACUGGAAUAUACGCCGGGGGCACGUUUAAGUGCAGUAGAGGCUAUGGUGCACUCAUUCUUUGACGAGCUACGAGUGGAGGGGGCAAGGAUGCCGAACGGGAAGGAAUUUCCACGUUUAUUUGACUUCACACGGGAAGAGUUGUCGGUGCGACCAGACUUGAACCGACUUCUGGUUCCGCCACACUGCGAGGCUGAGCUACGCUCACGGUCGAUCGAUUUGGAUACUUUUGUACCAAUACCUCUGGAUCAGCUUAAGAUCACGCUUGAUUGA